CCCCCCAAAUAUCCCGACACACCACAGCUUGUGACUGUCAGGCUGCUUGCAAGUGUCUCACGCGCAACGAAACAGCCCCGAUCGUCUACACUUUUGGGGAAACAAGUCAAUUUUAACAACUAAUCAUUUUGAAAUCAAGAUUGGAAAAAUGCAGAUCUCGAAUGCACAAGACAUUCAAAAAGAAAUGGCACUGAUGAUGAGCACCUAUAGCAAAUGGGGAGAAGACUUAAUGCAAGUGCCAAUAUCUAUUAAUGUCUUAGGGCAAUUGGUGAAAAUCUCUGCAUCAGGAGAUUUUGCACUGGACAAAGAAAAACCCUUGCAGUACAUUAAGAACCACCAGUCAUUUCAUGCAAAUGUGUUACAGAUGUAUGAUCAGUGCAUGAAAGCAUUUAGCACUGCCCACAACAACAUGGAGCAGAUCUCACUGUACUGUCGGCACAUUCCUCAAGACGUGAAGAAGGUCAUCCAGACACUGAUGCAAGGACAGCAGAAGAUUAAUGAAGUAGUGCUUCCCAUGCAGAUGAAUAAAAUUGUGCAAGUUUCUCAAGAAUGUUUAAGCCUGUCAGAAAGUAUUCAGAAAGAUUUCACUCUGGGUAAUAAUAUACUUGAGGAACUUCUCGAACACUGCAAGAUAACAAAGAUGACAUCGGAAGAUUUGAGGAAGAGAACAGAUGUGGAUCUGGUUAAUGCUAAUCUGAGGAAAACUACAGCCGAGAACAAACAUUACAUGGCUGAGACUUACUACAGAAAAAUGAAGAAUGAAGUAGCAGAACUGAAAGAUAAUUUCAGGUCAGCUAACUGGGAACGAAAUCCCAUAGUGAUGCAGUAUACAGAGCAUGAUCUACAGCAAAGCAAUGUGAGGUACCACCAGAGUGUAGAGGACAUGAGGAAAUGUGACAAGGAACAUGAUGACGUCCAGAUAAGCAUAAUAAACCUUCAGGCUGAAAACAAUGACUGCAUAUCAACUAUUAAUAAUGUGACAAAAGGGCUAGAUGCACUGGGACAAGUCAAAGAACAGUGGAUCAAGAUAAGUAAGGUUUUUCACAUAGUAACAAAUUUAAUUAAAACCUUAUUGAAUCAACACCUCACUGACUUUCUUGACUUCUGUAAAUCAGUCACCUCUAUUGCUGACUACUCUGAUUCUGAAUUUGUAAAAGAUCUCAUUUAUGGCACAGCUUUCCAGUCAGUGAAUGCUGCUGACCUUCUACAGAUGUUCACUGAGACGUAUGUGGAUGUCUCUGGAAAUUAUCUGCUAGCUGAAGUUGGUAGCCUAGUUGCUGCCAUGUGCCUCAACCCCACAGACUGCAGAUCCACAGAAGUAAGUACACAUCUGAAAGUUAACUGUUACAAAGCAAAGGAGACAAUUGAAGCUCUCGUGAUCAAAAACAAGGAGGAGUUUGAAAAUGGUGUCCAGGCGAGAGUUGAUCAGGCCAAUGAAAAUCUGAAAAAUGUGCUCACAGAAAGCAACACUGCAGCAAGUGAGAGCCAGCCAAAGAAUAAGGCCCAGGCAGACAAAGACUAGUUCAGUCAAUGAUGAAGAAUGCAACACAAAUCAGGAAGACAUUAGUGGUCUGAAACUUUAUUACUGCUGAAUUUCUUUCAACCAUUUCCUUUAAAAACAGUCUUUAAUGUGCACUUAACUGAAUCCCUUACAUGAGAAAACAACACUGCGGUAAUCUGCCUCAUACUGUCAAUCUAGGCAAAAUUGCAAAUGUUCAUCAAUUGUAUUUAAAAUAUUCAAUAUACAUGUAAGAUCUUCUUUAACAUCUUGCUUAUAUUGUGAAAUCUCUCAAAACCUGGCCUUUAGCCUUUUUUUUGUUAAAGCAGCAUGUGUGUGCACCAUGACUUAAAGCUUCAUAAUCCCAGGAUCAAAUCUUGGCCUAGCCACUGUUCCUAUGGAAUUUGCACUAUUUCAGCUUUAGCCAAGUUAGAACAUUUCUUGAUUUUUAUAAUUGUUUUUAUUGUUUUUUCUUCUAAUAUUUCUCGAGCUUCUAUUAAACCCUCAAUUUCCUCCUUGGGAGAAAUAACAUACUAUUUGUCUGUCUAUCUAUCUGUGUGCACAUGAGUAUGUACGUGAAUGCAAUUGGCUACUCUAAACUAGCUCAAUAUGAAGGAGUUUGGAUGUGUGGGUAUAUGUGUCCCACCCUCCAACUAACGUUUGUAUCCUACCUUGGACCCAAUGGCACUGGAAUAGGCUCAACACCUCUGCAACCAUGAACUUCAUUGAACAAGUUCAGUAUUGUAUGCAUGGUAUAGGUACUGGGAGUGAAGUAACUGUAAGGUCAUGCUGUUCUGCUAGUUUACCUUGAUUUGAAAGUGUAUACUGCAUAAAAGUGCUUUAGCAUAAGAUAACAUUAGUUAAAGUCUUCAGCAUAGUCUAGUAGGCUUCAGCUUGGCUGCAAGUAUAUAUGUUACGGCCAAAACCCGAAAUCGGCCAAAGCGGGAAGUGUCCGUCCAAAUCGGGAAAUGACCAAUGUCGCUGUAAAUUGACCAGCCAAUGUCCGAUCUUUUCCUUGAUUUCAGGAUUUGGCCAGCCAGUUUGCAAAAUAGCAUGGGGCGAUCAGCCAAAGUCGGAAGAAAAAAGGCAUGAGCAGCGAUUUGUUGCGCACUUAGUAGUACAAUUGCAUCGAGUGUAGCCUUGGCGGCUCUUGUUCAGAAAGCGGACGCCACUUGGUUGUUUCACAAUAAUUAAGAUUAGGUAUAUAAGUAGGUUUCACAUUUCUGUUAUUAUUUUAGCCCUAAAAUAGUGAUGUAAUGUCAGGGAGCUAUUUUAUUGACCUUAAGGUUAGUGUUUGGGCGAGGGGAAGGCCGUCUCAAGUGGCGUCCACUUUCUGAACAAGACCCACGGACAGUCUUACAUCAGCACAUCGAAUUUUGGCCAAGGAGUUCUUGCCACUUCGCAAAAUGGCCGGCCAAAGUAGCAUAUACACUGGUCAUUUCUAGUAAUUCGGAUUUUGGCCACAUCUCUGCCAAAAUUCGAAAUGGCCGACCAAUUUGGGAACUGGCCGAACUUCGGGUUUUGGCCGUAACAUAUACAUGAUAUUUUGUCUAUAAUUUUUCUUUCAAUACUCAACUAAAAUAUUGUACCUGUAGGCAGCAAUGAAGAUGAGUAAAUCCGUAACUAAAAUGAAAUAUUUUGCAAUAUACAAAAAAUAUGUGAACAUAUCUUUCAAUUUAAUGCAACAUAUACAGUAUAUAGCUUGAAUAAUGUAUCUGAAAUGUAAGGAAACAUUAAUUUUCAGUAAUAUAUUGCAGCAAACACAUUUGCAAAUUUAUUAUGUAUAAGACAUGUAAUAUAUUGUGUGCUGAGACCCAUGGCAGAUCAUUCAUGACUUACUGUAUCUUUUUAACUGCUGGAGAACGCUUACUAGUGAUUUCAAUUUAUUGUGAACUUCUACUAGUUCAACCAGUAGAUGCAUCAGCAUAUGUAGGCUUCAAUUUACAAACUUAUUAGUCACCUGUACUCGGUUAAUAAUUAAAAGGGUGAAGCUCUUAAUUAAACGCUGAUUGGUUUAUUGUAGCAAAACAAUUAUUAUCCUAAAGUUACAACUUUGGCAUUUGAGAAUCUUACCACUGCUGAAGUACCACCACAGCUGACCAUUGAAAUAUGGCCAUCCAUUGACUUCUGCCAUCCAGACUUUUCUGCAUGCUUGGACAGCACCAGGACAAGAUAACAACUUAUCCAUCAUUGAGAGAGAGACAGAGCGAGAUUAUGCAAAUUGUUACAGGAAUUUUCACUCUGCUGAUAUUCAAAUGCAAUUCUCUUGACAGUGUCUGAUGUAGAUUGCAUGCUGAAAAAAUAUAUAAUACAUGCUAAUUAAAGCAUUAUUAUUUUUGUUGUGA